UAUCGCACUUUAUAAAUUCCAUCGAUACUAUCGAUGGAGCCAUCGAUGGAUUUCCCAGCUCUAGGGUUGUUGUUGCGCGAGGAGCGUAUAUAAUUUUAAUCUUAGUCGUUGGGGAAAAAAAAAUAUAUAUAUAUUCAGAAUUCAGUAUAUUGUCUAUACAAUUUAAAUAAAGUUUCGGUCAUUCUUUCUAUCCUGCCCUUUAGGGCCACAAGACUCCUGCUUAUUCGCCAGCAGUUUAAAGUGCGUGUCGGGAUUUGCAAAAAGUGUGGCAAUUGUCAAUACCUAUUGAUUUGCCAUCAACGAGGCAAAGGACACAGCAAGCAGAAUUGGAGGCAUUCGAAUGAAAUUGGCAUAGUAGAAGGAGGAACCCAGACAAGGGACAUGACGACACGUCAGGAUGAACGCGUCGGCGAUGAGAUUAAUAUUGGAGGUGGCGUUGGCAAUGAGACUGCGGCCGCCAAUGCCACUGGAUAUCGCAAUUUGCCGCACAGUCCAGAGAUGGCUAACUAUUUGGCCCAUCAACAGCACCUGCUCCAUCACCAGCAGCAGCACCAAGGCCAGGGGCCUGGUCCAGGAGCAGCUCCAAUGAUGUGGCCCCCGCCUCCUCCACCACAUUUGGCUGCCUCAUUUCAGCAUCAUCAGCAUCCACAGCAACCACAUCAGCAACAAGCACCGCCGCCACCGCCGCAUAUGUACAACGAAUACUUAUACAACUUGACCUAUUCCGGCCAGACUGGUCCGGAAACCUAUUCUGUGCUGCCUGUGGGCCAUGGCAACUUUCUCAAGGUCUACCACCGUCCCGAGAAUCCGGUCAAUGAUGCUAAUGCUGCCCUCUAUACGCAUAUCAAUAUGACGUCACUAAACCAGCAUCCCCAACAUCAGCACGCCCAGGUGCAGCCAGCACCGGCGCAGGCACAGCCCACCCCACUCUAUGAACUGUUUGCCACCAAUCCCCUGCUGCCGAAACCCGAAAUGAAUUUGGCAGGAGCAACUCAACCGCAAUCGCAGCCGGCAAUUCCUCAUGCUCCUCCUGCAUCGGCUGCACCGAUGUAUCAACCAUUUGAGGAGCCACCGAGCAAUGCCAAUCUGCUGAUAAAUAAUCUGGUAAAUAAUUGGUCACCCAAUCUAACGGGAGGCAGUUACAUACAAUUCGGUGGCAGCGAUGAGGUCAAGGAGAAUGUCAAUAUCAAUAUCCAGAAAGAGUCCUCGCCCAGUCACCAGCAGCAGCAGCAGCCACUGCCACCCGUGGUAUCUGAACCGCCAGUGUUGAAGUCUGUCCAAGCUAUGCCGUCUCCCACACCGCCACCAAAGCCAACAAAAACGAUUCCCCCAUUGGCCAGCAGCAUUCCUCCCAAAUCCACAUCCACUGCCCAAGGAACCAAGUCGCCAAUUGUCGUGACAGAUCGGCCGGAGGCCAAAAAGCGGAUAGUUGCCGAAGUAAAGCCCAUGCCCAUGUCCUAUUCGGAUGUGCUAAGUAAAGGAACACACACCAGCAGCAAUUCGGCCCGAAAUGAAGGUCGCUCCGAGAGUCUUGGCCAGCAGCAACAACAACAACAACAGCAACGGCGGCAAGGCAAGGAUCUGGGAGAUGGCAGCAAUCGAGAGAUGCGCAUGUCAAAGCGUUCACCGUUACAUGAGCCGAAGGAUAUGCAGCAAUCUAAUCAAGUGACGACAUCCACUGGACAUGGGCGUAAUAAGAAGCGUGGAGGUCAGAAUACCCAUCAGGCAGGAAGAGAUCAUAAACUGCCACCACUACAACAACAACAGCAGCAACCCCAACAACAACAGCAGCAGCAUCAGAAUCAACUGCCAUCCGUUCAAGCUCCUCCUCAGAUGAAGACAAGCAAGGCAAAUGCGAUUAAUCAGGAGAAGAAACGUUUCAUCCAGCCAAAGAUUAACCAUAAUCAGGCCAGCAAUGGCUUUGCCCUCAAAUCCUCAAAUGAUCAUAGUAAAAAUAAUUCAUCCUCUGCUUCCUCCUUGGCAUCAUCGUCGGCAUCGUCCUCAUCAGCCUCCAGCUCCAGCAGCCAACCAACACCAGUUCCCACUACACAAUCUCGCAGAUCCAACAACAAUAACAAAAGCAACUCCAAUACCAAUCAAUCGAAUCAAUCAGGUAGCAAACGCUAUUCAUCCUCGUCAAACACAAACAUGGGCUCGAAUAGCACCAGUUCCGGCUAUUCAUAUUCAUCGAAACGCAGCAAUCGCAACAAUGUGUAUGCCUCCUCAUCCUCAAACUCACCAUCUCAUCACGCCGGUGGCCUUAGCAAUGGCAGCGGCAGCAGCUUAACAUCCAGUCGCAAUUACGAGCUGGCCAAACGCAUUCUUCGCACCUGGUGGAUCUACACACUUAAACUGCUCACCUGGCUAUUCUAUCUGGUCUACGACAUCAUUGUUCUCGGCUGCAGCAUGGCCUAUGAGCGUCUAACCAUUGGUUAUGUCUCCGGACUGGCCUAUGCCCGGCAACUGCACAAGGAGCUUAAGCAGAAUUCUGGCAAGCCAAGCAUCUGGUGGCGUAACUAUUGGCGUCGCUUUGACGCUCGCUUUGCCAAGACAUCGCGAUGGGCCCUCUGGCGGCGUUUCUAUAAACGUAAACCGCCCGAGAACACUGCCGAGCAGUUCAAGACUGGACGCCUGCCUCAAACGGGCGAAGAGGCCAUGUAUUCGCUACUAAAUUGUAAAGGCAAAGAUGCAUACAGCAUAUUGGGUGUUCCGCCGGACAGUCCACAGGAGCAGAUACGUAAGCAUUAUAAAAAGAUUGCCGUGCUGGUGCAUCCCGAUAAAAAUAAACAAGCUGGCGCUGAAGAGGCAUUUAAGGUGCUCCAGCGAGCAUUUGAGUUGAUUGGUGAACCGGAAAAUCGUCUGAUUUAUGACCAAAGCAUAGCCGAAACGCUGCAUGCGGAGAAGGCCUGGACAGAGUUGCACGAUUUGUUGUCCCAACUGCAAACCAAAAUGGCCGAAGCAGCCAACACUAUAAGAUGCAGCACCUGCGCCCAGCGUCAUCCGCGCAAACUGACCGAUCGUCCUCAUUACGCGGCCCGUGAAUGCGCCUCCUGUAAGAUACGUCACUCGGCGAAAGAUGGCGAUAUUUGGGCUGAGACGAGCAUGAUGGGAUUACGCUGGAAAUAUUUGGCUCUCAUGGAUGGCAAGGUGUACGAUAUAACCGAAUGGGCCAAUUGCCAAAAGGGGGCGUUGUCCCAUUUGGAACCCAAUUCGCAUAUGGUUCAGUAUCGCAUUGUACGUCACUCUACCCAGCAGCAACAGCAGCAGCAGCAACAACAACAACAGCAGCAACAACAGCAGCAGCAGCAGCAGCAACAACAACAACAACAGCAGCAGCACCAUCACCAGCAACAGCAACAUCACGACCGUGGCAGUCAUCAUCCUGGCGCUGCUGCAAGUGGCGUGAGCGAAGCAACGUUGCACGAGUUUUUGGAUAAUUUGUAUAGCGGUCAGCAUCCAGGUGCACCCAAUGCUCCGCCUUUUGCAGGCAAUUCACGUCGUCGUACGCGCCGUAACUAACCGGAGCACUCCGCCCUCCCUAGUGUGGCCUAAUCUUAAGUGUUUUUAAAAUCUCUAACCUAACAAUUAAUAAUGAUAACAACAUAAACAUAUAAUAUACAAUAUAUAUGCCCAUGCAUUGCAGUCGGCUGCAUGGUUUUUAA